CACCGCUGCGGCCCACCACCACUCUCCACCCUCACCACCCACACUCACACGCCCAGCAUGUCGCAGGGCAACCGCCUCGGCAUGAUGCAGCCGCAGGUCAUCGUGCUGCGCGAGGGCACCGACACGUCGCAGGGCACCGGCCAGCUGCUGAGCAACAUCGGCGCCUGCCUCAGCAUCGUCGCCUGCGUCGCCUCGACGCUCGGCCCGCGCGGCAUGGACAAGCUCAUCGUGUCGGAGCGCGGCGACGCCACCAUCAGCAACGACGGCGCCACCAUCCUCAAGCUGCUCGACAUUGUGCACCCCGCCGCCAAGACGCUCGUCGACAUUGCGCGCGCGCAGGACGCAGAGGUCGGCGACGGCACCACCAGCGUCGUGCUGCUGGCCGGCGAGAUGCUCAAGGAGGCGCGCCCCUUCAUCGAGGAGGGCGUCAGCCCGCACGUACUCAUCAAGGGCUUCCGCAAGGCUGCACAGCUUGCUAUCGCCAAGGUCCGCGACAUGGCCGUGACUAUCGACAAGUCGGACCCUGUCGCCUUCCGAGAUCUGCUGCAGAAGUGCGCCGGCACGAGCAUGAACUCGAAGCUCAUCUCGGCGCAGCGCGACUUCUUCACCAAGAUGGUGGUGGACGCUGUCGCUGUGCUGGACCAGGAGGACCUGGACGAGGGCCUGAUCGGCGUCAAGAAGGUGCCCGGUGGCGCCAUGCAGGACUCGCUGCUGAUCCAGGGUGUCGCGUUCAAGAAGACGUUUGCAUACGCCGGCUUCGAGCAGCAGCCAAAGUCGUUCGUCGACCCGAAGAUCCUCUGCCUCAACGUCGAGCUGGAGCUCAAGGCGGAGAAGGACAACGCCGAGGUGCGCAUCAACGAGGUGUCCGAGUACCAGGCUAUCGUCGAUGCCGAGUGGCAGAUCAUCUACGCCAAGCUCGAGGCCAUCGUCAAGACCGGCGCCAAGGUGGUGCUCUCGAAGCUGCCGAUCGGCGACCUGGCGACGCAGUACUUUGCCGACCGUGACAUCUUCUGCGCUGGCCGCGUGGCGGCUGAUGACCUGCGGCGCGUGACGCAGGCGGUGGGCGGCGCCGUGCAGUCGACGUGCUCGGACAUUGAGGACAAGCACCUCGGCCAGUGCGCGCGCUUCGACGAGCGGCAAAUUGGCGGCGAGCGCUUCAACAUCUUUGAGGGCUGCCCGCAGGCCAAGACGUGCACGCUCAUCCUGCGCGGCGGCGCCGAGCAGUUCAUCGCCGAGGUGGAGCGCUCGCUGCACGACUCGAUCAUGGUGGUGAAGCGUGCCAUCAAGAACAACCAGGUCGUGGCGGGCGGCGGCGCUACCGAGAUGGAGGUGUCGCGCUACCUGCGCGAGCACGCACGCACCGUCGAGGGCAAGCAGCAGCUCAUCAUUGCUGCAUUUGCCAAGGCGCUCGAGUGCAUCCCGCGGCAGCUGUGCGACAAUGCCGGCUUCGAUGCGACUGACCUGCUGAACAAGCUGCGCAUGCGCCACGCGCAGGGCCACCAGUGGGAGGGUGUCGACAUCGAGACGGAGAGCGUUGCAGACAACAUGGAGCGCCACGUUUGGGAGCCGGCGCUGAUCAAGAUCAAUGCGCUGGGCUCGGCGGCAGAGGCUGCAUGCUUGAUUCUUUCCGUCGAUGAGACGAUCAAGAACGAGCAGAGCGAGCGCCCGAAUCCCAACCAAAAGCCCCUGCCGCCGGGCACCGCGCAGCGGGCAAUGCGAGGACGCGGCCGGGGCGGUGUGCCGCGCCGGUGAAGGGUCACACGUCGGGGUGGCGGGC